CAUUUUGUUUGUUUUCUUCUCUCGAUUGAAUAUUUAUUAAUUAAUAUUAUAAAGCUUACUUAGUUAAUAACUGAUGAUGAACAACAGGCCCGGAGACUGGAACUGCCGGUCAUGUUUUCAUCUAAACUUCCAAAGGAGGGACUCUUGCCAGCGAUGCGGCGACCCUAAGCCAGUCUUAGUAGGACAGCUCGAUCAUUAUGCCGCCGCCACCUUCGGGGCCUUACGGGCUUCAUCUGGCGUCAGUGGUUCCUCCAAUUCUCCAUUCGGAUUCAGCAUCGGACCCGACGUCAGGCCCGGAGACUGGUACUGUACGGUUGGUAACUGCGGCGCACAUAACUUCGCCAGUCGCUCCAGCUGCUUCAAGUGCGGCGCUUUCAAGCUCGACCACGCCGAUUCUCCAGCCACUGGUUUUGAUGCUGCAGAUAUGGCCCGCGGAAGAUCCGGCUUUGGCGCAGCCGCCUUUGCCGCUUUUAGCUCACCCGGAAAUAUUAUUAACAGCCGCUCCAGUUGGAAGUCUGGUGAUUGGAUUUGUACCCGGUCGGGUUGCAACGAACACAAUUUCGCAAGCCGAAUGGAAUGCUUCAGAUGCAACGCACCAAGGGUCGACUCCACCACUAUGACGUCAUCGUCAUACUUUUAAUCUCUUCCAUUAUUAGAUUCUCCAAUUUUUGUUUCAGGCGGAAACGGGUCGGGAGAAGCAAAUUCGGGUCAGGGGUGGAAGAGGAGGAGAAAAAGAGAGAAUCAAGAAAGGACUUCCACUAUGAUACCAUGCGCCAGCUUUCACUUUAUCUUUCCUUAAUUUGAUUUGCUUUUUUUUUUGUAUUUUGUUUUUUUUUUCACUUUAUUAAUUUCAUUAUCAAAUUCAGCUUUGUCAGGGAGUUUUUUUUUUUUUUUUUUUUAAUUAGGUAAUGACCUUUCUUUCUUUGGUUUGGAAAAACCUUAAUCUUGUUCUCUUUUGAUAUUGUUGUGACAUUUAUGUAUCGAUUAUUGAUGUUGGAUUGA